AGUACAAAUCGAAGCUUCGAAGUAAGCGCUCGCGUCCUGCGUAUCUGUACGAUUGCCGCGCGUUCCAUUUUCAAAAUAAUAUUUUGUGUUUGUGAAAAGAGUUUUGCGAAUUUCAAUUGUUUUUUGUGUGUGAGUGUACUGUGUGAGGAUUUGCUUUUUUAUACUAUAUAAAAAAGACGAGCACACACCAUCAACUAUGUUAUAGUGCACAAUAAACGCAACCCAAAGGCUGAAAUAUUGUUCUUUGGACACUAAUACAAGCAUUAGUGUGUAAUAAAGGGAAGUAAAAUGGGUUGUAACACUAGCUCCGAGGCCAAAACUACUAAAGACGAGAAAAAUCAGUCUAAAGAAACGAAAGAAGCGGAAAAUAAUGAGAAAAAUAACGCCCAAAAUGAUGCCAAUAAUCACAUUUCAGAGGAGCAGGCAGCAACCAAGAUCCAAGCAGUGUUCCGUGGACACAAGACCAGGAAGACCAUGAGUAUGAAGGCGGCCAACCAGAACCAGAAACAGCAGAAACCUGAGCCGGAGCCCUCCAGGGCUGAGUUGGAGGCCGAAUUCCGGGCCGACGACAAAGAUUUAUGCCAUGCCGCGACUAAGAUCCAGGCGUCGUUUAGGGGCCACCAGGCGCGCAAGCAAACCCAGGCGGAGAAGGAUAAAGAACAACAGGACAAGGAAGAUGUAGAGAAGAUUGACUUGACGGAUCCAGAUCUGAACAAAGCUGCCACCAAGAUACAGGCCUCCUUCCGCGGCCACAAAGUACGCAAGGACGUCCCCAACUAAGGUGACCAUGAUUUGGUGAUUCGCCAGGACACUUGACUUCAUAUGUAAGGGGGAUAUGUCAAAAUAUUGUUGAAUUUGUGAGCUAUAAGUUGUUACAUGUAUUGAUACAAGUAUGAUGGUGAUUAUUGAUGUUCUAAAUUCGUGGAAAACUUUAUUGAGUAGCCUGGAUCUAUCAGAAACAGCGCAUGUAAUCAGAUUAUCUAUAUUAUUUAGUAAAGUGUCAGGGUUUAAGUACCAAAGAAGGAUGAACUGAAUGAGGAAAGAUAAACUCAUGUAGAAAAUAAAUUAUUAAAAUAUUUAAAGUCACAUAGGUAUUUAACAAUACUACUAAUGUUAGAAAUUAACUCUUUACUCUCUUUAUAUAUAAAAUUUACUGCCCAGGUUUUACUAUUGAAAAUGGCGAAUUUUGUACCCUUGGUACGACAAAUGCUUGAAAUGUGUUCUCCAUAAAUCUACUAACAAAUCAUAUUGAAAUAUAAUUAACAUAAUAUAAGAUCCUUUUACGUGAACAGUGUGUGUUCGACUAAUGUUAUUCGUCGUUAGAGACAUGACCAUUACGAUUAAAAUAACUAGUGAAAAUGUUCACCUCAUAAAUAUGAAGUCAGGUAGGAUCUUGCGUUUAAUAGUUACAUAAAGAGUAAUCUUGAAAGGUAUGUCAAUUCUUUACAAAUAAUUCGUCAAUUUACACCCUAUGCUUACUUUCAUCUGAGCAUUGGAUUGACAUGUCUCAUGAAUACCAAAGAGUAGAAAAUAUUGAGUGAAUUGAACUUAUUAUAAUAAUAUAUAUUAUGGAUUUCUGUCCCGUUUUUCUAAUACUAUUUUGGUCACCGUACUUCAUGUUAACCUCAAUAUUGAUUCUUUAUGCAUUGUUUUGACAUUCCAUUUUAUUCUUCUUUAAAUGUUGAUGGAAAUUAUGUAUUUUUUAAAAUUAAAAAUUGUGUAGUUUAAGAUAUUGUAGAAUUAUUGCCAACCAUACUGCUUCUUAUUCUGCAUACAAACAUUUCAAAUAUUAAUUGCAUAUUGAAACGCCAUCGAUUUAACUGUUACAAUUUUGAUAUUUUACAAUAAGUUGAUUUUAUUUAUUUUCCAUAAUAAUUUAAUGUUUGAACACACAUUUUCUGGAGUUUCCUGUACAUUUCUGGUAAUUUUAGGAUUUAUAUUAAAUAAAAUAUUUAAUAUUCGCCUA